UAACAAUUGUAUUUAAAAUAAAUCUAAUAAAUAUUUAUUUAAACGAAUCAGAAACCCAAUCAGAACGGUCCGACCAGACUGGGCGGACGGGGUCCGAACAGACCGGGCGGACAGGGUCCGACCAUACCUGGCAGACCGCGUCCGCUCCGGCGUGUCGGACGGCGACUAGAAGAAAAAAAAAAUACCUGCGGCGGCAGCUUCUCGGCUCGGCGGCGGCUUCUGGGCAAUGGUCGGCAAUGGCGGCGGUUGGCUUCGAGUGUGCGGCGACAUGAGUUUUGGGCAGCGGCGGCAGCUGGCUUCCGGGCAGCGGCGGAAGGAGUUUUGGGCAGCGGCGGCGGGCUUCUGGGCAGCAGCAGGAGGGAGGUUUGGGCAGCGGCGGGAGGAGUUCUGGGCGGCGGGCUUCUCGUCGACAGCAGGGGGGCGGCAGAGGUGGCUGGCCGGCGGGCUGCUCGGCGGUGGCGGAGGUGGCUGCUCGGCGGCGCUGGAGGUGGCUGGUUGGCUGGCUUCUCUGGGCAGCAGCUGGUGAGCGUUUUGGGAGGUGAAGGUUUGGAGGUGAAGGGUUAGGUUGUGAUAGGUUUAAGGUUUUAAAAUGAGACGGGGGCAAUUUCGUCAUAUUUUUCCUAACUACGGGCGGCAAAUAGCGAUCCAUGUAUUUUACCCACAAAAAUGAUGGUGCAAAAUAAAUUGCAUCCUCUUCUUUUUUUUUUUAAAGAAAUUCUGGAAAAUAAU